AUGAUGUUCUGUCCAAAGAAGGAUGUGAAGCGGUCGAGCUGCAGGGCGUACGUGUCACUGUAUGUGCGCUGCGUGGUGCAGACGGGUAGACGGCUCGGGGCAGUGUGCGGCUCCGAGAAGGCAGGUGUGGGCUGCGCCCUCCUCGCUGUUAUGUGCCUCGUGGGGCUUGGCUUGCUCCUUCUUGCGAGGCUGGUGCAGAUGACUAGCGUCGUUCCCGAAGCCCUUCUCUCACUCAGCGCGUCGUCUCCGGCGCGGGGUCGCCGAGACAGAGACACCUCCGCAGUCGUCGACUUUUCGGUGCGCAGCGUUGCCUUCCGCGACAUGAGCGAGGCAGACCAGCAGAGGGAGCGCGAGCUGCACGUACGUCACAUUGAGGAGCGGCUCCGCGAGGCGAAGCGCCGGCCGAGGAUUGAUGCGACGUACGUCAUUAAGGGCGAGACGGACCCGAACGCGUUUCGCUUGACGGGCGCCGCUGGUGACACAGAGGUGCGACCGGUGGACGCGGUUGUGGAUGGCUAUUCACUGGUGCGGCAGCCCGGCACCGCACCGCUGCCGCGCAUGCACACCAUGUGGCGCGUCCACUCCCCGGCGGAACUUUACGAGCGCUAUGAUGCGUUGGACGUCAUCUACAGCUUCGUGAACGGCAGUGAGGCGAACCAUGCUUACCGCAAGCAACUCCGCUCCAGCUGUGGGCUGCAGAUUCUAGCGCUCGAGAAGCAGUACUUUCUCAAUGGCCAUACGUCCACGGCGUCGUCGUCUCCCCCCGAAGCGGGCCCAAGAGAGUUUCACCCGUUGCUGGCGCAGUUGGCUUCGGAGUGCCGUCUUUACCAGUCGCUUCUCCGCAAGCGCAACGGCGAGCUGCUGAAGCUCUUUGGCGGCAGCGCAAGCACGGUACGGGUCGACGAGCGUGAUCGCGAGACGGACGAGCUGCGGCACAGCCUGCGCAGCGUGGAGCAGCACGUGCAGUGGCACCGCGGCCGCGUGGUGAUGGUGUCGCCCGGGCACCACCCGACGUGGGUGGACGGCGCGAAGAACUUCCUUGCUGGGGUGUGCGGGGGUGCGCGCGUGCAGGCGCUGCGGUCGCGCGGGACGCACCUGCGCGUGACGACUGUGCACCAGGACGCCGUGAUGCCGUACGGGAUGCGGCUGACGGUGGACUCGCACGUGAUCGAGCAGCACCUGUGGCGCGUGCGCAACGUGACGGCCGUGCACGUGUACAUGAACGACGACUACUUUGUGAACCGCGACGUUGCGAUCACGGACCUGUUCAACGAGUACGGCGGCACGAUUGUGCGGACGGAAGGGUCAAGUGUGGCGGAGGGAUGUAGAGGGGACACCUCCGCCUCGUGGAGCGAGGGAGUGGCGAACACGGAGCUUUUUAACAUCUACCACCUGGAGCAGUUGCACGAGGACUACCUUCCUCGGCCGCUGCUGGACAGCUGGAGAAGGUUGCUGAAGCGGAGCGCAGAUGGGACGCAGUCUGCCAGCCGCUGGCUGAUGUCGUUCCUAAAAUGGAAGCUAAGCGCGAUGUUGACGCCAGCACGACGCCGCGGCGUUGGUUCGGCGGAUGGCGGCGCCGAUGAUGCCGCUGCGCGGGCGGAAUUCGAGCAAGAGGCUCGCUACAUCCUCGGCUUCUCUGACCUGCUCAGUGCCGCCAACACGUCCUCGUACUGGGAGGCAGCCUUGUCAAGUCCAGUCACGCCAACGUCGCUGCCGUCGGGAUGCCACAAAGGUGUCCAGAAGCACUACUACGCGACCCACGCGCCGUUCGUGUACUGCACGAACAUGUUCCGGCACUGGUCUGUGCGGUUCCGUGACGAGUUUGCUGACCUCCAGCUGCAUCAUCGCGACCGCCGCGCCCGGGACCUGUUUGUGCCCUUCCUCUACAACGCCUUCAUCAUGGCGCGGCCGUGGCAGGCGUCGCCGAAGUUCCUGCCGUACCUCCUGGAGCUAAGGGAGGCGAUGGAGGCUGCCGCGGCUGACGCGAAGGCCGCGCUGGGGCAUAGGGAAAAGACGGAGACGGUGCCCUUCACGGAUGGACUGUGGGCGGAGUUCCAGAAGGGCCUCGCGAAAUAUGUGCCGACGCUUUCCAUCUUCCUUGACAACGACGACGGCUGCGCACCAGCCACACUGUACCGUAAUCCGGCGGCUGAGGUGAUGUACAUGCGAGCCACAAAUAACAUCACGGAAAACAGGAGAGCCAUGGAUGACGUGGCGCGGCAGGACCCGGUGUACUUCAACAUCAACGCCGGGUUCAGCAGUGUGGAGGCUGCGGACCAGCUGCGCGGCUUCCUGCACGGCAAGUUUCCGACUCCGGUGUACCUGGAGGUGGGCGAUGCCCCGCCCCCCGGCGAGGGCGGCGUAGACGGCGCGGGGGCGGCCGGGGCUGGUGGGGGUGCGGCGCUGCGGAGGCUGUUUGGCGACCUGAUGGCGCUGCCGGUGGUGGGUGUUGUGUCGUACGAGGAGGGCGUGUGCCCGCUUGUGCGGAGCCUUGCGCUUGCGUUCGCGGGGCACCACCGUGGCGGCGUGCGCGUGAGCGUGGAGCGGCACGGCGGCGCGACGCUGUGUGAGGCGCGCGCUGCGCUUGGGCACCGCGUGGUGAGCGCGAUGCCUGCGCCUGCGUGCGCGUACACGGAGCAGGUGAGCGUGGACUCCGCGGGACGGGGUGAGAGCGUUGCCGAGAUUGCCCGCCGCGCGAUGGGUGAAAUGCGGGGCGGCGUGGAGCUGCCGUCGACGUGCGGCGGGGGCGGCGCUGGGCUGCGCGUGCGCGGGUUCGUGGUGGACGCGCGGACGCGUGGCGCGCCCGUGCGGAGCGCUGCUGCGCUGCGGGACGCGCUUGCGGUGCCUGCGCAGACGCUGUCGCUGGAGGACUUCCGCGCGGUUGCUGUUGGGCCGUCGGCGGCCGACGUGGUGCUGGUUGUGUCGCGCGAGGACGCGGAGGCGAAGGCGGUGCACUGGGUGAAUGGUGCGUCGGAGAGUGACCUGCUUGUGACGUACCCGCUGCCUGUGGAGGCGUACGAGGACAUGGCCGCGGAGGUGCGGUGGUCGGUGCCGUAG